AUCUAACGGCUUUGUGUUCCUAAACCAGAUGAAGAAUCAUGAAAUGAUCAUGACGACUUCAACCAGAAUUGGUUUGACACUUGCAAUUUUCUUCACUGUGAUCUACGCCCCAUUAGUGGGGGCCUACAUCAUCAGACGUGCAAGGAAACGCUCACCAAAUCAACGGAUGGCACUUCAAUGGCUCGACUCUGAAAAUGAGCUUCGAGUCUUGCUAUGCAUUCAUGGCCCUCAACACCUGCCUUCUACCAUUAACUUCAUUGAGAUAUCUCGGGGGAGAGGCGAUCCUGGGAUCAUGGUUUAUGUGACUGACAUGAUCGAGCUCACGGAGCAAAUAGAGUCCACACUUGUACACAGGGAAGGAGUGGAAGUAGUGACUGUGACCGACAGGGCUGUGAUAGAGAUGAGAGACCAAAUCACUACUGCAAUCAAAACUUACGAAGAGGAGCAUGAAAGUGGUAUUACCCUCCGUCGAAUGCUUGCCCUCUCACCAUUCAGUGUCAUGCACCAGGAUAUUUGCCAUUUCGCAAGGGACUUGAACGUUUCCCUCAUCGUACUGCCAUUCCACAAAUACCCGGCAGAGGAUAGAAAAAUGACUGGAGCCGACUCCAAGUUCCGAUUCGUGAACAAAAAGGUUCUUCAGAAUGCCCCGUGCUCAGUGGGAAUACUAGUGGAUCGGGGUUUUGGAGUGACCAGCAAAAUAUCAAGAACAUCCAUAUUUCUACAUGCGGCAGUUAUAUUUAUUGGUGGCAAAGAUGAUAGGGAAGCACUGGUCUAUGCCAGCCACGUGGCCCAACAUCCAGGAGUGAAACUCACAGUUCUUAGAUUCCUAUUGGACGCCAAUGCAAAUUCCAAAUGCACUAGACCUGGCACCAGUAAGGUUAACCUUGCUGAGCAAGAAGAGGAGAUGCAGCUUGAUGAUGAGUUCUUUGCAGGGUUCUACGAGAGACAUGUAGGAGGGCAAGUUGCUUACAUGGAAAAGUAUCUUGCAAAUUCAGGUGAGACCAUGUCAGCUCUGCAGUCAUUAGGAGGGCAACAUGGACUCAUCAUAGUUGGUCGAGGGGGGAGGGUGAACUCGGCAUUGACAGCUGGGAUGAAUGAUUGGGAGCAGUGUCCAGAACUAGGUCCAAUAGGCGAUAUUCUAUCGGGGUCUGCUUUUGCGGUUUCCGCCUCCAUUUUGAUCAUCCAACAACAUAGUCCUAAAGAAGACUGAGCUGGCCUGGCUGAUCGAUUUUCUGUCAUGUGGAAGUAAAUCCUAGCUAGUAAGAUAGCUAAAGACUUCAGGAUCCAAUUAUAGCUAGGUAAUGCAAAAUUUUCUAUAACAUUAGUUGUACAAUGGGAAAACAU